CAGUGUGACUAUACGAAGUUUGUUCGACAAGCGUGGCUAGUAACUUAUCCGCGCGUUAUUACUCGGAAGAAGCAAGGAUUACCGUUAUUUUUGUACAUUUUGCCAGCGUCACCGACAAUGGCGACCAUUGGCUGGCUCGGAUGAAAAUUCCAGAGUGGGCAGGGAAGUCAAAGAGAAAGCUGUAAUGCUUAACCUAGUACUACAAGCUAACAGUGUGUAAUGGUGUAAUGGGAACCACGGCAGACCGAACAGAAGCAUAUCAUCAGCACUCAAGCUACUUGGGGCGUUGUUAACUUCAAAUGUUUGGCGCUCAAAUGUGAGAGAUUAUGUGAUUAUGUUUGUGAUUUGCUGCUGGAAGAAUCAAAUGUUCAGCCAGUAUCUACUCCAGUUACUGUUUGUGGAGAUAUUCAUGGUCAGUUUUAUGAUCUUUGCGAGCUCUUCAGAACUGGUGGUCAAGUUCCAGACACAAAUUACAUUUUCAUGGGAGAUUUUGUAGAUCGAGGAUAUUAUAGCUUGGAGACAUUUACACACCUGCUGGCUUUAAAAGCAAAGUGGCCGGAUCGUAUCACACUUCUACGUGGAAAUCACGAAAGCAGACAAAUAACUCAAGUGUACGGCUUCUAUGAUGAGUGCCAAACUAAAUAUGGAAAUGCAAAUGCCUGGCGGUAUUGCACAAAAGUGUUUGACAUGCUGACUGUGGCAGCUUUGAUAGAUGAGCAGGUCCUGUGUGUCCAUGGUGGUCUUUCACCUGACAUCAAGACUCUGGACCAGAUCCGCACCAUCGAACGCAACCAGGAGAUUCCCCACAAGGGGGCCUUCUGUGAUCUUGUGUGGUCAGACCCGGAGGAUGUGGACACCUGGGCUAUCAGUCCACGAGGUGCCGGCUGGCUGUUUGGCUCUAAGGUUACUAAUGAGUUUGUUCACAUCAACAACCUGAAGCUUAUCUGCCGUGCACAUCAGCUGGUUCAUGAAGGCUACAAGUUUAUGUUUGACGAGAAGCUGGUAACCGUGUGGUCCGCGCCCAACUACUGCUACCGCUGUGGAAAUAUUGCAUCCAUCAUGGUCUUCAAGGACGUGAACAGACGAGAACCCAAGCUGUUCCGCGCUGUCCCUGACUCAGAACGUGUCAUACCUCCUCGGACAACCACACCCUACUUCCUGUAAUCAGUUCUCUCAGUUCUCUCUCCUCUCCACCUUAAAGAUCUCAACUCUCAAACUUAUUUAUAUGCAACAUAUUUGAAGAAAGUAAUGUCCCCUUCAUGUCUACAGCAUCUUGAAUUUCAAAGGAUUUCUUCCAAGGCUCACUUGGUUCUGUCACAAAGGAAAAAAAUCCUCUUAUACCUGCAAUGAGAAAAUCACACUUUUUUGAUAUUUUAGAUUUUUAAAAAAUGUUAAAUUGUUUAAUUUAGAUGUGAUGUAUCCCACUGAAGCAUAUAAAUCAUUUAAACGAAGUUGUGCCAAUAAUACGUGUUCAAAUAAAGUGAUAAAUAUUUCUUAAAAUAUGA